GAGAAAGAGAGCGAGAAAGCAGGACGUGCGACAAAGCAGGACGUUCUCAGCAAGGCAUGUCUUGAUCAGCAGUGAACAGUUCAAAUAACCCAGCCACAGCUUUCUCUGGUCGGGGAUCCCUUCAUCUUCCACGCCGUCACGCAGUAGGCUCAGCAAUCAUGGUGCAGGCUUGCCCACCUCACAGUCCCCUCUCGAUUUCUCCUACUCUGCUCUCUCACCUGGCACUGUGACCAUGCUUGUACUCGUUUAGCGGUUCGUCGACACUGCGAAAACUUUCAUGUCGGAGAGAGUUCGGAUGGAAUCUUUGAUAAAGAAGAGUGGAAAUUUUCAAAAGAGAAAGGAUGGGUCUAAAUCGUUUUCUGGUAAAGGUGUUCGAGCUGAGUCGCACAUUGAUUUGAGCUCCGAGUCCAGGGAGAGCAGCGGUUUUUCAAGAUCGAGCUGCGAGACCUCGAGUGGGGAAGUGAAAGCAAAAGGGUCUUCUUCCCCGCCUCCAUUGGGCUGGCCUAUUGGCAAUGCUCAAGUAAGCAAGUGUUCGGCUUCUGAUGUGGGCCAAGCUGAACAAAAACAACCCAAUGUUGACGAUUCGAAAUUGGAGAAAAUGGGUUCCCAAAAUUCAGAGAUGAAUAUGAUGAAAGAGAGGUUUUCGAAAUUGUUGCUUGGUGAAGAUAUGUCAGGGUCUGGGAAGGGGGUGUGCACGGCAUUAGCUAUCUCAAAUUCUAUUACCAAUCUCUGUGCUACCGUUUUUGGGCAAAUAUGGAGAUUGGAACCCUUGCCUACUGGGAAGAAAUCAAUGUGGCGAAGAGAGAUGGAUUGGCUACUUUGCGUCAGUGAUCACAUUGUCGAGUUGAUACCCACUUGGCAAACAUUUCCUGAUGGUAGUAGGCUUGAGGUUAUGACUUGCAGGCCGAGAUCAGAUAUUUUCAUCAAUCUCCCAGCCCUACGUAAACUAGACAAAAUGCUUCUUGAAAUAUUAGAUAGCUUUGUCAAUACGGAGUUUUGGUAUGUUGAUCAAGGUAUUGUAGCCCCAGAUGCAGAUGGGUCUGCCUCCUUUCGCAAAACAACUCAGAGGCAGGAGGAGAAGUGGUGGCUGCCUGUACCCCGAGUAGCUACUGGCGGCCUCAGUGAAAAGUCAAGAAAACUGUUGCAUCACACACGUGAAUGUGCAAAUCAAAUAUUAAAAGCUGCAUUUGCCAUAAACAGCAUAGCUUUAGCUGAAAUGGAAGUUCCUGAGUCAUACUUGGAAGCUCUUCCAAAGAAUGGGAGAGCCUGUCUAGGGGAUGUUAUUUACAGUUACAUCACAUCGGAUCAAUUCUCUGCAGUGUGUCUGCUGGAUUGCCUCGACUUAGCCUCAGAACAUGUUGCUCUAGAGAUUGCCAACCGUGUGGAAGCCUCCAUACAUGUAUGGCGUCGAAGAUCUCACGCUAGACUUCCAUCUAAUCCUAACCGUUCCACUGGGAAGUCCUCAUGGGAAAUGGUCAAGGACAUGAUGAUUGAUGGGGAUAAGUGGGAGCUGCUGGCAGAAAAGGCCGAGAGCCUCCUACUUUGCUUGAAGCAGCGGUUCCCUGGUCUGACACAAUCUUCUCUUGAUAUCAGCAAGAUCCAAUGCAACACGGAUGUUGGAAAAUCCAUUCUGGAGAGCUAUUCAAGAGUUUUGGAGAGCUUGGCAUUCAACAUUGUGGCGCGUAUUGAUGAUUUACUAUAUGUGGAUGACUUGACAAAACAUUCCGAUAGGCUGUCAUCGGCUCCCACAGGGAGUGUGAUUGCUCACAAGAAAGUCUCUAUUUCAUACUCGGUGCCUGACUCGAGCACUCCAUACAAAACUUUUCCCACUCCUAGCUUUUCGCCAGCACCGUUGAUUAGUCCUGCCAGGAGAGAGAGAACUCCUUUUGGAUUUGUUGUGAAAAGAGUCUUGACGAAUUAUCUUGGUGUUGAGACGAAGGCGAGGAUAUGUGACACCGAAAGUUUGGAAUAUAAAAAAGAAUCAACAGCCCACCAAAAUGGGAUGAAAUUGCGUCAUGAUCGCUGAGAUUCUGUCUGUAGAUGUAUUCCAUGGAGAGGAUUUUUAGGGAAGAAGCGGUGAUAGAACUUAAACAUUGAAAAACUUAUGCUCUGACCAAUUAUUUGUUGUUAUGAGUUGGUAAAUUAAUAUUUGCUUUGAAGUUGAAUAUCG